AACGGCCCCCAACCGCCGCGCAGUCCCGAGGGCGCCAUGAGGGGCCCGCGCUGCGCCCCGCUGCUGCUCCUGCUGCUGCUGCCGCCGCUGCUGCUCACGCCCCCCGCCGGGGACGCGGCCGUCAUCACCGGGGCCUGCGACAAGGACCCCCAGUGUGGUGGAGGCAUGUGCUGCGCUGUUAGUAUCUGGGUUAAGAGCAUAAGGAUUUGCACACCUAUGGGCAAAGUGGGAGACAGCUGCCAUCCGCUGACUCGUAAAGACACAGCAGUGGAAGGCCAGAUCCCGUGUUAACCCUCUACUCACAAGAAGAUAAAUCAUUGCAUUAUUUGGGGUUGUAUGAAUAUAUACUCCUUCUUAAAAAAUUUGAAGAAACAUUUUAAGACUUGACUGGAUUAAAAUACAUUGGCGAUCUUCCGAAUUAUUAAAGCUGGAAACUGUGAGAGGGGGACAGGAGCUGUGAGAUUUUUAGUUUCUAUUUUAUGCGCUAUUACCUUAUUUGAAAUUUUUUGAGCUGUGUACUUUUAUUGACAAAAGUUAUGGUAACAAAACUGGCUUUCUUAAAAAUAAAAUUGUCAUUUUUUUUAUUAAGGUAAAAUUGGUAUAUAAAUUAUAUAAGUUUCAGUGAUACAUAAUGUACAACAUUGCAGUUUGACAUCUGUCUGAAGUACAAAGUGAUCACCGUCCUUCACCAUUCAGUUGCCCCCCUUCCACUCAUUCUGCCUACCCCAAACCUCCUUCCCACACGAGACCAGUGCUUUUUAUGGGACAUGACCAGGGUUUUCCUCGUGUAUCCUUCUUCAUAUUUCUUUCUUUAGCAAAAGUGACUCUGUUUUGAGAGAAAUCACAAACGAUACCCGUGUUUUGUAUCAGUGCUAUUUUCCCUAUAAAAGUGCUGCAAAUGGAUCAGAAUCGUGCCUUGUGGAAAGUGCUAUAGGUCCUAACUUGAUUACUUCUAGAAUCUGCUGUUUGGAAUUCUGGGUUUUUGGAAAUGUUGGAUUGAGUUGAUUCUAAAAUAAACCAUCAAGUUGGAACUGAAUGGUUAGCUGCUGGGCUCUCCUUGUGCCUCUGAAGAUGCGUCUUCUAUGUACUUUCUCCUGUCUCUGUGGCUAUUAGACACCUAUUAACUUUGUCACACAAUAUGUGUAGAGCUAGGGGGCACCUGGGGGGCUCAGUCGGUGUAGCGUAUGCCUUCAGCUCAGGUCAUGAUCCCAGGGUCCUCGGAUCAAGCCCCAUGUCAGGCUCCCCUGCUCAGCGGGGAGCCCACUUCCCCCUCUCCUCCCUGCUUGUGUUCUCUCACUAUCUCUGUUGCUGUCUCUCUCAAAUACAUAAAUAAAUAAAAUCUUUAAAAAAUAUAUAUAUGUAGAGCUAGAAAUGAAGGGGCCAGUGGAGAGAUUGCCAAGUAUCCAUUAAGUGCAAAACAUCAGAAAUGGUCUUCUUUGUCAUUAGGAGCUCGCAGACGGAAGGAGAGGAAGAAGACGUCUUUGAGUGGGCGCGGAUAAAAAAGGCUUGGCAGGCGGAGAAGCACAGAUCAGACCUUGGAAAAGGGGAGUGGGCUUGAGAAGGAUGAGAAAAGGGCAUGCAGGGAUAAAGAGCCCUGCCGGACAGUGUAAUCGUGAUGUUAAGGUUGUUGGGGCCGUCUGGGCUGAGGCCGAUACUGCCUUGGCACCCUCAAUAAGAAAAAGGAUAAUUUGCAAUAUUUUUGAAAGAUUCACAGGAACAGGUGACCUUGUGAGCGCGUUGCCAGGGCGCUACCUAGGCCCCGGAGGGAACUGUACCCAGGAAGGCCCUCUGCGUUUUGGGCUUCCCAGCAAGUCCAUCUCUGUGAGUUUGGUGGCGUGAGUCACUUUGGGCCUGCUCAGUGCUGGGCAGGGGUGUGUGGAGUAAGGAGAAGCCACAGGACCUGGGAAGGCCACCCCCCUGCCUUCAGGCAGAGCACGUCCUGGGGGAGGGGGGAGCGUUGGCAGGAGAUAGGCUUUUAACAAGUAUUUGCUUAGGUGUCCCCUGUGUCCCAGGCUAAGUGCCAUGUGUUUACAAAUAAGAUGUCCUUUCUUCGAAGAGCUUGGAGUUGGGGGAAUGGCGGUGUUUGAGAAAAGAGCAAAAUCUGGAAGAAAGUGGGACUGGGUUUAGUUAUGACAGAUUCCCGUUUAGCUGGGCGACCGCAGUCAGCCGUGUUACUUCACCUCAAGAGGAAGCCACUUAGCUUGUGGCAAAACCAGGGGAAAAUCUGGCAUUCACGUGAAGUUUGGUGUGACGUUCACACGCCAGGCCUUCGGGAGCCUGGGCAAGGCGGGCCGCCGCUGUUGUUUUUCUCUGCUCCUGUUUUCAAGGCACUAAGGACGCACGUGACAGGCCAGAGAGCGCCCAUGGUGUCUGGAUGCACAUGUCACAGGACCGCCAGCACCUUCUUGACUGAGGGCGCUUUUUCAGAGCUCUAACCAUCUACUGGUUAUCUGUCCUCCGUCAUGAAAAUUCGCGCUCCGUGAUGGGCCCAGGCCUUUCCUGUUUCGCUCGCCGCCGUAUCUGUAGCACCUGACGUAAGGGCUGAUACGUCGGUGACGGCAAACACCUGCUGAAGAGCGAAUAAAGGAAACGCGCUUGGCGGUGUCCGCGUGUCACGGUUUGACGUGGUCGUGAUAGUUACAGUUCACACUUAGUUCAGGCUCCUUUACCUUGACAAUUGCUGCCUCUGUUCGUUCUUCUCAACAUCGGCACUAUUGGCACUUCGGGCCAGAGAGCCCUUGUUGGUGGGGGGCCGUCCUGUGCAUUGGAGGCCGUCUAGCUGCACCCCUGGCCUCCACCCACUACUCAACGCCCCUUCCCCCAAGUUGUGACAAACAAAAUUGUCUCUGGAUACUGCCAGCCAUCCCCUCGGGGGCAGAGUCCCCCCAGCUGAGGACCACUGGCCCGUGCGGUAAUUUAGGCGUGACGAAAUGAACCUCUCAAACUCUCAGGGCUAGAGAAGAUCCCAGAGGUCAGGGGUUAGAACGUCUCAUGCUGUCCAUUUGUAAUGGUCCGAGCCAGUGUGGCUGUACCCAUCUCCUCUGACGUUUUCUCAGCGCCAACGAACCAGCUAGCCCUCCAUGUGCCCUUUGACGCACACAGUGACAGAACCAUUCUGAGCACAAGCGUGCGUGGAGCUGACGGCUGUGGCACAUGCAGGCAGGCACUGUCGUGACAGCCCUCAAAAUCAGGCCCUUGCCAAAAGGCAGAGGAACCCGGGGUGACUCUGCCUGUUUGCCACCUGCCCAUCAAUGCCCACCUGUUGCUUCCUUCUCUUCCUUUUGUAUUUAUUGAUCUCAAUCAUUUCCCUGGCCCUUCCAGAACCAUUUUGGAAAUGGAAGGCAGGAAAGAAGAAAGAGGAAGAGAAGAAAAAGGAAAAGGGAGGUAAGAAGCACAUGAGCAUGGUACCCCCCCGAAGAUACUGCCCAGCAUAGUGAGCACUGACUACUGUUUGGACUUCCAUACAGUUGGGUCUGUCCUAUUAGUUCAACCCCAAAAUAAGGUUAGAAUGGUUCUGUCACUGUCUGCAGGGGAAAAAAAAAUUUUUUUAUGUACAGAAAAAUUAUUUAGAAGGCAUCAGGAAGAAGCAACUCAGACUUUCUCAUUAGGACAGAUCAUUGGUAUGGGGCGGCCUCUUUUGGUGGCAUAGAAUAGGAAAUAGACUAGAAUGAUAGCGAACAAAGCAUCUGAGGAACAAGAUGCAUUUUUCUGCUCUGUAUAAGCUGUGGAAGGAUCCCUGAAGCAUGAGUCUCUAAAGCUUCUGUCUCUCACAUGACCCUGGACCAGAGUAAUUGGCCAUCCCCUUUCAUUGGUUAUCAGUCACCUCCAGGCCUGGGGUUAAACUUUCUCCCUAUAACUUGCCAAGGAGGCAGAUUCUCAAGAGGGCACCAUUCCCAGGAGAGAGAGAAUGAAUUUUGUUCUUGCCUCUGGAAACAUAUACAUACUUUGAGGGACUCCGCUGCCCCUUGAGACAGAGGACCACCAUGCCAGUCGCUGGUUGAUCCUCCUGGACUCAGCUUCAUUGAUGGCAUGGGCAAGACUCAGAAAUACCACUUGGAUGACUCUUGGAAUGAAGCCGACCUUUCUCUGCUGGCUCUCCCUAGGCCAGGUUUAGUUUGUUCCUUUUCUGCCACUCAAGCUUGCCUCCUUCCCUAAUUUCCUUUUUGUUCCUCCCCUACCCACACUCCCCAGAAUUUUGACCCCUUCUGCCAUCUGUGUGCAGACACGUGAGUUUACAUACUGCUCAGUGUCAUUGACUUCAUAUUUAUUCAUUAUAUCAAUGUGGUCAUACCCUUCGUGUCGUGCCCUCCUUAAGGAGCUUCGUUAGUAGGAUGCUGUAAAAAGAAUUAAAAAGAAGAAGUAAAAGGCAGUAUAGCUUGGUGGUUAAAAGCUGGUUCUCUCUGGUCCAGCUGCCAGUCCAGCUUCAACUUCUGGGUCUGUGACCCUGGGCGAGUUGCUGAUCUCUCUGUCUCAAUCUCUCACCUGUGAAAUGGGUAUAAUGAAAGCAUUUGUCAUCUUCACAGGGUGGUUAUAGGAUGAAAAAGGAUAAAUACAUAAAGUGCCGAGUGUAUUGCUUGUUGGAGAGUUAACACUCAAUAUAACACUAGCUGUUCUUAUUCAAAGGGAUUUCUCAAGAAUAGUUUUUUGUUUUUGUUUUUGUUUUUUAACGUUUCCUGCUCUGACUCCGUUUUCCUCUUUU